AUGGAAGUGGGGGAUCGAGGAGAUUGCAGUAGUGGACCAGUAGAACAUAGAUGGAAGUGGGGGAUCGAGGAGAUUGCAGUAGUGGACCAGUACACAUACCUCGGAGUAGAGAUCGCAAAAGACUGCUCGUGGAAUGCACACAUGUCCAAGAAAGCGGAAAAGCGCAAAGCACGAGCAGGGAAGCUGCACCCAAUACUCGCAAACCGGCACCUCGAUACACGCAUCAAAUUGACGGUUUUGAAGGGCGUCAUCGUACCACCGCUAGAGUACGCCGGAGAAGUAUGGGAAGGAAAUAAGAAGGUAGUGAAAGAACUCGAGGCGGCGCAGAUGAAAGCAGCGAAAACCAUCCUAGGAUGCUCCAAGCGCACAAGUAAUGCAGCCGUCAGGGCAGAAUUGGGGAUCCAAUCCCUACGGUCGGGAAGAGACGCGAGGAAGCUGACAUGGCAGUAUCGCAUGUGCGGGAUGGGAGAGGAGAGGUUGCCGAGAAUUGUAUGGGAGGCGAAGUGGGCAAACAAAAAGAAGGGUAGACAACCCACGGAAUGGGUCAAGGUUGUAUGUGAGGAGGAAGUGCCAAGAAAGCGUUUCCGAUAG